GCUGACCAAAUUUUGUCACUCUUUUAUGCAGUGCCUCAUCAUCACAUGAAGCCUGAAUUGUCUCACCUGCCACAAAACCAAAAUAUUCAAGACAUUCCUCUUGGCGUUACCAGCUCUUCAUUCACGGGGAGCAACCACAGCAUGCAAAGCAAAGUUCAUAAAGGAAGCCUGCAGUCCUAUUCUCCUCAGCAUCGCCAGUCUCCAGUCGGUCACAGUUCUCAUGAGAAUAAGCUACCCGAUAAAAAUACGAGCAGGAGAAAGCCUUUCUCCACCCUGUCUGGUGAAAAGGAUGCCCAGCACCACGACUGGUACAUUGGAGAAUGUAGUCGCCGGGCAGUAGAAGAGGCAUUAACGAAGGAGAACAAGGAUGGUACUUUCUUGGUCCGAGAUUGUUCCUCGAAAUCCAAGGCGGAGCCCUACGUUUUGGUGGUGUUUUACGGAAAUAAAGUCUAUAAUGUGAAAAUCCGCUUCCUGGAGAGGAAUCAGCAGUUUGCCCUGGGGACAGGACUCAGAGGAGAUGAGAAGUUUGAUUCUGUGGAAGACAUCAUUGAACACUACAAGUAUUUUCCUAUUACACUGAUUGAUGGGAAAGAUAAAACCGGUGCCCACAGGGAGCAAUGCUACCUGACUCAGCCUCUCCCCCUCCACAGAUCAAGAACAACCCAAUCAGAUCUCUGCAGUGGAGAGACCCAUCGGGGAAGGCCAGACUGA